ACGUCCUACACUUUAGUGUGAGUGCCCUACAUAGGGUGUGAAUUAAAAGCACGAUACAAGCUUUGAAGUGCACUAGAAAAUGUGUGUCAAUAGGUGGCGUUAUUCUUAUUAUUAUUGCUCCUUACUGGAAGGAAGUAUACGACAACAGCGACGAAAAGACAUCCGUAGCCGAAUACAGAGCGACGCUGGAGUCUUUAGCUGGAAAGGUGUGGCUUUCCCAACAUGUUGUACGCGUGUUUAAACUUAUUUGCUUGAACACCGAGAGUGACUCUUUUAUUACACACUGUAUUCAGAGAGACGGUAUGCAAAAGGAAACAAAAUAGGGAUGAUGCCGUAGAAAUGGUUUCUCUUCGUGCUGUUGUAGAUUAACGCCAGGUUCUUGAGUGAAGAGAAAUUAGAAACUAAAAGAGGAAAUAGUGUUGAACUGACAGCUCGAAAUCCCAGAGCCAUCCACGGCAGAACCGAUAAACGAUGGCGGACGACGUUGGAGAAGAAGCCGUGGCGUCCAGUCACGGUAACGGAGCUCAGUUGGUACCGAGUUUAGGUCACUUUUUACCGUCCUCCCCUCCUCCCGCAGUGGCUGCAGAGACCGGCCUGGCCGCAGCAUCCCCCGGUGUAGCGCACCACAUCACCUCGGACAUGGAAAGCCAGGAGAGCGGUGUUGUUAGCUCGACCGGCUCGAUGCUAGCAGCCGUGCCGCCAUCUCUGCCGCCGAGCAUCGGCCUGGGACUAACCGGGGCUCCUGCGAAUUUGGCUGGAGCAGGUCUUCUGUCUCAGAUUCACGCCACGUCCUGGGACCCUACACUGAGCACCGACUGGGACAACGAGAAAGCUUCGCAACAGUGCAUUCUGCGGAUAAAGAGAGACAUCAUGUCCAUCUAUAAGGAACCGCCUCCUGGCAUGUUUGUGGUUCCUGAUCCUCAUGAUAUGACUAAGAUCCAUGCAUUAAUCACGGGUCCCUUUGACACACCAUAUGAGGGUGGAUUUUUCCUUUUCCUGUUUCGUUGCCCCCCUGACUACCCCAUCCACCCACCACGAGUCAAACUUAUCACCACUGGACACAACACCGUGCGUUUCAACCCAAACUUCUACCGCAAUGGGAAAGUUUGCCUGAGUAUUCUUGGGACAUGGACAGGGCCAGCCUGGAGCCCUGCUCAGAGCAUCUCCUCGGUCCUCAUCUCUAUCCAGUCCCUGAUGACCGAGAACCCAUACCACAAUGAGCCAGGCUUUGAGCAGGAGAGGCACCCAGGAGAUAGCAAGAACUACAAUGAGUGCAUCCGCCAUGAGACAAUGCGUGUGGCUGUCUGUGAUAUGUUGGAAGGAAAGGUGCACUGUCCAGAGGCCUUGUGGAGUGUGAUGGAAAAGUCUUUUUUGGAGUACUAUGACUUCUACGAAAGUGUUUGCAAAGAACGUCUUCACCUUCAAGGGCAAAACAUGCAGGAUCCUUUUGGAGAGAAGAGAGGCCGUUUUGAUUACCAGGGUCUGUUGGCACGUCUCAGUGCCACACAGAGGCGAUUGCGUGAAAAAUGCCCUCCUGAGGACAAUGACGGAGACUCAGAUUCAGACACUAGCUCAUCUGGAACAGACCCAGAUAGCCAGGGCAGCUCCCAGCCAUAGCGUGGCACAAGGAGAAUAUGAGAAAGCACUUGUCUUUCCUCCACCUCUGGACGCUUUUUAAUAAGCAAAAUGCACAGAGCAUUGAGAGAAGUUUUGAAGUCUGCUGAUUAGCACAGGAUUAGUCUAGUUCCUGUUUCUUUUGAAUGGUUUGUUUUCCUCUCUUUCUCUGCUAGCCAGUGGUUGCCUCUUUUCCUCACUGAGGAAGAGAUGUCAAGUCAUUUAUAGGAAUGGGACUAGAAGAUGCAAUGUGUAUGAGUGUGAGAGAGAUGCUAUGCGUGUCAGCAGUUCAGCACACACUCCGCUUAUCGGAGCACAUAUUUACUUACCCCAUUAUUCAUUUCAUCUGUUGGUCAUUCUCUCUCUCACGCGCACACACACACACACAGGUAGAAUAAAAGCUGAACAGGACACCACACAGUGUAGUGCUCUGGUACCAACCCAGCACUCUGUUUCCUGAGCAUAUUUCUGUUCACUUAAUGUCUUCAUGGUAAUCUCAACAUUUAUCCAUUAAAUCAUUAAAAAUAUUUUGAAUAUUAUGAAUGGAGUCAUAAUUUUGACAUGAAUUCAUAAUAAAUUGCUUUAUCUGAUCUAAGAAAAAAGGCUGAUGCAACUAAAUGUAAAUACCUAAAUAUUGUGCAUAGAAAAAUCUUUAUUUUACUGUUAAUUGUGCAUUAAAUGCUAUUGGAGAGACUUAGUGUGUUGGUAUAUUUUGGUCAGUAGGCUCAGCAGCUCUUAAUUUGGGUUAUGUGUGUUGUUGGGGAGAGUCAUCAUAUUUGUAUUUUGUUUGUACAGUCAAAGAACCUUAUUCAUGUUUAGCCUGAUUAAAUAUGUUGAUUGAAUAAGAAAUUAAGGGCUUUCUUUCCUUUCUAUAAAAUGUUUAAACUCGCACGUUUUUGAGACCUCUAGUACAUAAUCUGUCUUAUUGACCUGAAAUACAUACUUUAUUGGUAAAGUCUAACUCUAUCCUUGUU